GGUUAGUUGAAGCGCUAGUGGACUCCAACAGCUAGCUGGCUAGGGCGUUGCUAGCGGCAGAAAGUGGGAUUUUUGUUACCUCUCAGCAACUUAUAUUCUUGUACAAAUAACGUCUCGCGGCGGAAAAAAACGGCGUUAGAUGUUCCCUUCAAGUUUUAAAGCGUCUGGUGUUUUUUAUCGUUGUUUACAGAGACCUGGUGUUACUUUCUGUCCCGUUAGCUGGCCGCAUAGCUAGCCUGCUCGCAUCCACGGGAAUUCUGCCGAGAAACGACUGAAAUCUGGAAACAUGGAGUCAGGGAUCGCAGCGCUCAGCUAACCGACUCCACUGGAUUUUAUUUCGUCAAGGAGACUUUUUGAGGGACACAAUACGGGGAAACGUCGUCAAAGAGUCCACAUUCAUGCCGUGUUCUGUGUAUAUUUUUCGGUGGUCGGCCGGCUUGUUGUUGUGAAUGGGAGUUUGCUUAGUUUGCACUCGAAACAAGAGCACACGAAGCAAAGUUUUUUGCUGAAAGAGCUCGUCUGUUUUGUUAGCUGGUAGCUCGCGAGAUUCAACUGCCAGUCUGCCCUUGAAAAAAGGGUUUCUAAGAAAAAAUACGUCCUCUUUUAAUUGAGCAUUUAGCCCGUUUGGUUAAUGUAUCUUUCGUCGGUUUAACAUUAGCUGCAGUCGUGUUGCUUGUGUGUUACACGAGCCGUUUAAACUCGGAAUUGAGCGAUUCUCAUGGUCACGGGAGAGUCGUCCCCACAGCCACAGACAGGCAUUUCUGGGAGCAGGGAAUACCAAAUGGGACUGCAGGACUUUCCAGCAUCUUCACAGAUCAUUUAGGAUCCGAGGCCAUUCAGCCGAGCUGGGGUGGUGGCAGACGGACUACAUCGCUGGGCCAAGGUGUCUGUUACAUUGGAAUACAGAUUGUUUACACAUUUCACAUCGGCGGAAAACUGGGAUGUGAAUGCACAGGAUUCACCCAAGGAGUUCAUACAUGCACGACAAUUUAUGCCAGCUGGUGCCGUGUAUUUAUUCCUGUUGCCAAAAUAUUGUUCAUUGCCGGGGUAGGAUAUCAUCUGACUGCAGCUAAUACGGCAGAGGCCCCGAUUAAUUUUUAAGGUCUGCACUGUAGACGGAUUCCUUACUGCUGUUACAUUUGACAACGAGUAUUGGUGCACCCAUAGUAUUUAGGCUGUAUUUUUGUCCCCUGCAGUGUUUGGACGUGCCAGCUGUGUCCUACAAUUAAUUUAUUCUCUACCAUACCAGUCACUAAAUCCUCGCCUACUUCAGACGAAUGCCAGAGAAGGACGCGCCACUAAAUCGCCUCAUCACACUCUGGAAAAUGUUAAUCGGAUAUAAUUUGCUGCAAAUCUAGAUCCGGAAGCCCAAUGAGUGACACACAGUCCAGCUUCACUGACAGGUACAGUAUGCAACAACGUUUAUUUUCUCUCCAUGCACUGUCUGUACUGCUAUUGUACACUAUAUUUUGUUGCUGUUUCUUGAUUUUGUUUUGAGGACAUGAAUCUGAAACCCACUGUUUGAUGAAAACAUGUUUGACAUGUUCCAGGCAAAGCACUUCUUUGUGGUGAUGUGUUCACUAAUAACUGGGUUAUACAAUCUAAUUACUAAGGUAAGACAUCAGAUCUUUAUGGAAACUGUGCUGAUCUCAGCAAGGGUAAUGGAGUCGUCCACAGACAGUAAAGUACUACUUGUCCAUGAAGUGAGAAGGCCACUGCCACUGUCUGUAUGUGUGCCAGGGACCAGCCGCCCAAUGAUCCCUGCACACCUUUCAACAUCACCAUUACCUCUAAGCCUUUAAAGCCAGCCUUCUCAUACACCUAUUAAAACAAUCUCUGGAUUUAGACGAAAACGUUUCUUUGUUGAGUAAUCACCGUAUCUGAGGCAUCCUUUACCUUGAACUCAAAGGUUAAACACUGUUGCCAGCACCAGCCUGCUAAAUAGUGUCAUGGCCUGAAAAUCAAGCUUAAAAGCGGAGAGGGAUCAGUCUGUCCCAUCCUAAUCCACUGUUCUGUUAUUGCAUCAUUAUUAGCAUGGAUUCCUUUCAGUGUUGUUCCUGGAGAAUAAAGAGGUUUCUAUCCUCAGUUUGAUGUACCUUGGCAUUGUAACAGAGAAGUGAGGCUCCUGAGUUAUGUCAUGUGCCGUCCCACCUGAAUCCCACAUACCUGUAAGGAGAGCUGGCCAAUACAGUGGAAUGUUGUUGGUGGGUUUUUAGGCCAGAAGGAAGCUUUAUUGCACAUGUUGGGAUCUGAGAUAUCCUCAUGGGCUAGGGCAUGAGCUAGAGGCUAAAGCCCAACCCCAUUUUACACGAACCCCCUCCCCCACUGCAAUGAUGGCAAUAGUGACUGGCACCAACUGCUAUUGUGGUGCUCUUCAUUUAGUGUCAUUUCAAACAGUAUUACCACAACACUUUGGGUGGCACCUGCAUGGCAAGCGUACAAAGCCGUAACCUACCACUCACAAAGUAUUAUUGGCCUUAAACUACAUUUGAUGCCAAGAAGAACCUUAGAUGCUGUUGACAAGUGUAAUAUGUCUUAGAAUAAUGUGAAAUGUAUUACUUCUCUGAGACCUGCUCCUGAAAAAAGAAGCUUUAUGUAUUGGUUUGCUUUUGUUUUUGAAGAAAUACAUGUAGAGUGAAUUUGUUCUGAUUUUAUAAGUUCUACAUCCUUUAAGUCAGAAUAAGCAUGAUGCAGGCCAUCUUAUUAGUGCACAACAAAAUGAUAUGCACCAGUUUUGAGACCAGGCAAGCAACUAUCUCUGUGCUGUUUAUCAUCAGAUUCGAGUUGGCCUGUUAUUUUAAUGAUCAAGUUGACCACAGUGUUUAUCGUUGUUUACUCCUGGUUGAUUGUAAGUAUUUAAUUGGUUUACAGGUUGCUCUGAGUCACUUACUCCCUACUGUCUUUAGUCCGUCUACAUCUCCCUGUCCCUGCUUUCUCUUCCUCUACUCUGUGUUGUGUUGUGCAUUUUGUUUUCCUCUGUUGGCUGUUGCAUCCCACAUCUAUUGGGGUUGGGCCACCACCAGCCGAUGGGUCAGUUUAGUGUGCUGUUAGCUCUUUGUCAUAGGGAUCUGCUGAUCUCCACGUUUUUUCCCACCCCCCCUCUCUGAGGCCCUCCCUGGAAGUGGUGCUGGUGACAUCACUAAUGGUAAACAAUAGCUUUCAGUGGAAGCAAACUGGUUGCAUGGUCCUGUGCAGGCCCAUCAGUGUGGUUCAGGUGAAUACUGGGAAGCAGGUUCGAUUAUGUCUGAUGGGGAUGCAGCGUCACAUUAUCGACUUGUGAUGCAAUCAACAAGUUUGACAUUUGCUGACUUAUUGUUGUAGAAAGACUGAAUCAUUAAAUGACAUUUUAUUGAGCUAAAUGGUCACUAAGGGUUUGUUAGAUAUUGAAAUAGAUGUCAUUUGAAGUUAUGUCAGUGGACUCAGUGAUUUUUUUUAACACUAAAUGAUAAUAGCAGUACUGGCGUUUGUUUUUCUGCCCUUGAAUCAGUUCCCUCCUAAUAGAUGUUCUGACGAGUACUUCUGACAGCUGGCUCUCCUUGUAUGCGUCUCCUGUAUUUGGCAUCUCUCUCUGAUAAUGCUGUAAGCUUCUUCUCCAUCUAGUCAGCACUGAUGCUGGGGGAGCUGUGUCAGCUGCUCUGAACUGUACAUUAUGAGUGAUCAGAGGUGCACAUGCCUCCAGCUCAGCAUGCAGCACAGAAUGGUUCUGUCUGUCUAUACAGCGUAUAUGUCUCCCACAAUUAAAAGUAUAAGGGAGGUUUUGCAGACGAUGAAGUCAAAACCAAUCUUUUGACUUUAUGGCGCUUAAAAAAUCUAGUGAGUAUAAACUGAUUGGUUGAUUGAAGGUUGACUGAUCAAAAAUAAAAAAGAUAAUUAAAGCAAACAUUACAUUUGCACUUCUGGAAAUAAUUAUGAUUAUGUUGUUUACAAAUCAGAGAGGUGAUUUGAGAAUAAAUUACAGUCCUAGUUGCAGCCUCUAAAUUCUCUGCAUCAAGGUUCUUAAUACUUUGUAAUUCGGCCAACUUUACUCAUACGGAAAUAUUGUGGUUUUCCCCCAGGCAGUGAUGUUUCAAGACUGCAAAGGAGUUGCACUUUCUCUCCCAAAAUUAAGUCGAGAGAAGAGACAAAACUCUCUGAAUAAUUUACAACCAUACCUUGUGCUUUGUUAUGAUAGCUGUAGGCCUUUCUUUUCCACUGAAAUCUUUGUCACAGCGUUUUUUAGGUCACAGCAAACUCUUGCCAGCCUUACGAUCCCCAGGUUCUUGCAAGCCGAUCAAUGUCUGUAAUUUUAAGGGUAUUAGUGACCUGUGCUGUUUGCAAUCGAUGCAUAUGGUUGUUUGCAGAUUUUGCAGUCUCAUUUUUGAGGAUCCUGGUUAAAGAACAGAGAAGAGAAUAAAUAGUUUAAACCCGAGGAACAUGUUUUUUAUCCAUAAAAUAAAUGCCGAUGUAAGCAGAUCUUUUUAACUGUGUAGCGUCUUAGUGAAGUAUGGUGGCGGUGUAUGCUGAAACGUUAGAAAAGCAAGAACACCUGUGUCGUCUUAUGCAACCAAACAGAACAGCUGUGCAAUAAAUCCUAGCAUUUAUAAGAAGUAGCAUUUUAAGAUUUGGUUCAGAUUGUGUGCAAGAGGUCUGGAUUCAUUUCUGUGGUAGAGCUGGAGGUUGUGAUUCAUGAUUGUCAUGCAAUGAACGGAAAACUGGUUCAUUUUCAAUUAUAAAGCCAGAUGAUCUCUUGCAAGCAGAUAGUUUUCAGUCAUAAGUGUUAAGCUAUUUAUACUACAUAAACGGUUGUGUAGCUUUCAUACUGUUUGCACAUCAGUAAAGAAGUAGUUUGAUGGCAAACUGGAUCACAACAUUCAUUAGUGGAUAUUUUGUGCCAGAAGUCCUCUGUUGAAGCUGGGUUAAUGUCAUGAUAAAAAUGAAUGUGAGUCAUUAUUGUUAGUAACUUUGUUGGUCUAUGGGUCUGGAGGACAGUAAUAAAGGAUUGCUAAGUUUAUAGCAAGCAGCAAAGCACUGGGCUAGAGAAAUGAAGCUGAUGUGAUAGUGUUGAAAAGAAGAAGCUCUGGAAAUUGCACACACAUUCAAAAAAGCCCUUCUUUACAGAAAAAAAAACAUAUUUUUAGCCUGGAAAAAGCUGUUCAGAUUAUCUCAUUUCCCUUUCUUCACACAAUGUGCAGGGGGGAUUUUUUUAAACUCACUAGUUUCUCAUCAGAGGUCUGUGAUGGGAUUUUCUCACCUCAGCCACACCUCUUGUCUUCCUGCAAGGUCAGUUAUUAGGUAGAGUCAGCAUUUCCAGUAUGAUGACCGCCAUUGAUAGGCUUCAAAACUGUAUUUCAAAACCCAUGGAACCAACAUCACAGAGGCUACAACCAUGUUUAAUACUGCGUUUAUAGUAACAAUCGACCUUUCAGCCUUUGUAAUAUGAGCUGAUUCCAGUUAAUUUAAAGUAAAAUAAGAUAAUCGUGAUUGUCGACUAUCAUCAUAUUAAGCUGACUCCUUUUGGUGGGUUAAUAUAAUUAUAGGAGGUCCACUGUUUUUAUUUAGAUGAUUUUAAAAAGUUUAUUUGUUGCAUUAGUUUGACUUAAAAUAGACCAUGGAAAUACAUGUAAACACACGGGUCUCACUGGAAUUGCACCAAGUUGAAAUUCUCAUAGCUGGACGUACAGACCUAGAUAACGUGGUUGGGUAUUAUUUCCUUGCAUGUGGACAUGUCAAUUGGACUCAAACUACCUUCAUGCCAUGUACAUCAGGUAUCAUUACACCUGCCACAGAUACAUUUAGACUGAAGUCACUACUUCAAGGAAAAAUGCAGACUGUGAUUGGUUAGCUUUUUCCUUCUGCAUCAGUAGCCCCAAAAACUGUCUGAUGUCCCUCCUAACACAUUCACCACAUCCUCUCACUCUUGUGAAUUAUGGUAUCAAAGGCUAGCACUAAUUAAAUGACACACCGCCCUACUAGGUAAUCAUUUCCCUUGUGUCACCCUGCAGUAAUCUUGCAGACAGUGAUGCAUUUAGCGCAGCGUUCUGCUACUAUGUUUUGUUAUUGAUGACAUGGUCACAUUUUAUGAUAGCUGGCAGCCAUAUAUUCUCCAUGCUGAGAAAAAAAAAAAACCACAGUAUUUUCCAAAUAUAUUUCAUGGCUGUGAAAAAAAGCAAGGCCCCUAAACUAUCUUUUUCUUCAAUUAUUAGUUGAAAGGUCUGUUUGGAGGUUUUGAUUUUCAGUGUUAUUUAGUCACAGAAUGUAAAUAAGGACCAAAGAAUGACUUUACUCACACCUGAAUGUGACUUUGGCACGCACACACCAACUCUCACCAACCUCUGUUCGUUCUUGUCAGGUCCCAUUUCACUCUUUCUCACACGCUCUCUAAAUCACAUCUAUCUUUUAUUCUAAUCGUUGCCUCCAUUAAGCCCUUUUCCCAUCACUACCACUAGAGAUGUUUAAAUAUCAUUUACCCUUCCUGAUUUAGAUUUUAACUACUGCAGCUUUGGUUUGCCAAUACGCUCUAGACACUAGAGUAGAGUAACAAGAAGACAAAGGUGAAGAAACACCAAUGGUUGAAUUAUGGCUUGCAGGUUACACACCUGCACCACCAGGUAGAUUGGAAUCUCCCCUGUUGUCCAGUUUGCUUAGAGGUUUCUCCACCUUUUCUUUCAGUAUCAAAAGUUGCCUUUUUCCUCUGUAAACCAUGAUUCGUGUGUCGGCAGUAAACAACAAUCUGCAGUGCUGUCAGGAUUCCUCAUUAUUUAGUUUUCGUCUCUUUUUGUCUCUAUGAAGCCCACAGAUCAAACAGCUGAUCAGAUCGCUGCAGGCAAAAGAACACUAUGUAUGUUGCGUUCACAAAUUGUGCAAAAAUGGAUGGGUAUUUUGAUGGCAAAGUUAACUCAGAGGAGUGCUUUGGGUUUCUCAAAAUGAACUAAUUUACAUGGUAGAGUUGAUCCCAUCUGCGGUGAACUGUUAGCUUAUCUUGCCUGCCACAUCUCUCUGCAGUUUCUCAUCAAAGGGGCAGAGCUGACGGGCAUCUAUUGUGGCUGGUACACAAUAGUGACAUGUGACUCAUACAACCCCACUUCAAAAAUACCAGAAUAUCCCUUUAAUUCCACCAACAAACACACUAUUUUUGUUGGUUAUAUUCUUAUAAUAUUCGGACCAAUACCGGUACUAGAAUUGGUCAAAUUUAAACACCAUUCACCACCAAAACAUUGUGUUUGUAGAACUGUGCUUUCACCAUAUAGCCAUACAGAGACACAAUGGUUGUCCCAUUCUGUUAAGUUUUUGUCUUUCAUGUGUGAUUUUUGAUGGUUGAUAAUAAUAGAGAAAUCAAAAUGGGCUAAGAGGGCAUAAAUGUACAGAAAGAUGGAGGGGAAAGGAAAUAGGCGAUGCCCCAGGGGUGGAGACGUUGUAGAAGUAGGUGAAGUCUGGGGCUGUGGCUGUGGCAGGGGCACUGACUAAGUGAAGGGGGAGUUGGGGGUUUUUUCACCCAGCCCUGUGAUGCUGAUGCUUGUGGACAUCCUCUUCAAUCCUGCCUGGUUAGUCUGAAGAGCUUUAGGGCUCAAACAUUACUUUCACUCCACAAAAGACUGGAUCACUACAAUGGAGGAAAAAGGGGACAAGGCUGAGACAGAGAGAGAGAGAAAAAGAGAGAGGGAGAGAGAGCUGUCUUGCCCCAGUGUCGUGUCCCCACAUGUCCAUGUAAGGGUUUUGUUGCAAUGAACCAGGCUAGUGCCUUCAAGCUAAGUGUGGCACUUGAGGGGUGAUGAUAUCCUGCAGACUGUACUCUGAAAAAUAGAUCGGAUGCUGGUGAUCUAUCUUGUAUUUGUAUCUAAGUGCACACAUAUAUCUACUUAGUGUUGUCUAACACACAAGGAAAUAAAUAGCCGGUGUUUAAAAAGAAGCAUCUCUGCUGUCGGUGAUUGGAUGGGAUUUAUGUAGCAUGUUGAGCCUCCUCCUUUCCUGGGGUCCCAGGAUGGGGAGGCCUUAAUUGAAUACCGUCUCUGUGUGUUUUGUAGAGAGAGACCAGCAACCUGCCGCUGCACCAUGAUUUAUCUCACAUUGCCUCUUUCUGCUGAUUCAGGGGCCACUAGACACUAAAACACCCCUCCACUUCCUCGACAGGAACAGAGAUUCUGUCACCAACCUGCAGACAUGCUGACUUCGAAUCCCUCUGACUGCAGAAAGCGAGGAGAUGAAAAAAGAGGAAAAAAAUGAGGCAGAGAGAGUGCAGGCAAGGGUAAAUGUCCUCAUGUUUUCCCUCAGUGAUGAAUCACUCAGUAAUAUUUUAAGUGUCAUCCUGCAUUCAACAAGCUAGAUUUAUUUUAAGAGGGGUAAGUGAAACAGAUGGAACAUUUUAUAGCAUUGGAGAAGAUGAGGUAGCAGCAAUGUGCUUUUGCUACAAGUUGCAUCAGCUUUAUUAUUACCACCAUAGGUCUGCUUCUUAAAGCCUUUAAUUCAUCUCUGAGGCUUGAACAGGAUCCUUAAUCAUACACACAGCCUGUCUAGGGGUUGAUGUGUCCCUUGUAGACCUUUCUACAUGCCCUUUACUUAGAGUUAAAAGUUAAAUUCACUACAUUCUCUCAGUCCGAAGAAGUUCUUGCGGACAUUGUGUUUCAGGGCUCAUGACUAGCAGCAGCAGUGUGGACAGUGUAGCACGUGGAACCACCUCUUUUCCUUUCCCAGCCCUGGAGGACAGCAGACAGCAUAGCGUGAAGAAAUGUCUAUCCCCCGGCCCUCAUGUCAGGAAUCCUGAUGAGGUUUAUUGGGGCAGAAAGGGCACUGUUUUCCCCCUGAGGCUGUAGCUUGAGCUCCAGAGCUAUUGCUCUUGUCUCCCUUAACACACACCACACCUCUCUCUCUCUCUCUCUCUCUCUCUCUCUCUCUCUCGCUCUCUCUCUCUCUCUUUCUUUCUGUCUGUCUCACUUAAUGUUCUCUUUCUUUAAAUCCACACCUCACUACACACAUCGGAACAUGGCCACAGUGCUGAGGUCACAAGUGGAAACACCUGACAUCAGUGUGUUUGAUAUUCGACUAGGUUCUAAAGCAGAAGGUGGUUUAUAGGAGGAGGACCACCGCAUGGGUGUCGACUACUCCUUUUUCAGUGGCAGGGAGUGGAAAGCUGUGACGUCACGCCGGCUGUGUUUUUGUGUGUGUGCAGUGUGCGUCCGCAAUAUGUGACUCCGGUACAUAGAUUAGACAACAAGCAGCGUGUGUGUUCUCCUUCCUAUUGGCAGGCUGCGAGCAUGAAUCAGGCUUUUCAAGAGACUGUAUCAUUACCCCAUUCAGAUAGAAUCCCAGAACAGUUUUUAGAGACGGGAAUGAAUGGCUGGCGGAGAAGCCAAGACAAGAGGAGACUCUGCCAGUUCCAUAGGGUUCUUCUAAGCAGACUGGUGGCAUGACUCAGCACAAAACCCAGCUGACGACAGCCACAGCCGCCGCCAAUGCCACAGAGUUUCACUUCAGCUCUGCCACGUUUUUCCAGAUUGAUCCAACAUUGGAGGAUGUUUGUGCAACAUGCGAGGUUCACCUCCUGGAAUGAAAAACACCUCAGUCAGAUCUGUGCAGCCUGAAGGCACCUCCCAAAACUCUCCAAUCCUGUCCUAGUUUCAGACAAGCCCCACCUCUCUCAGUCCCGACAGCACCUGAGUUGCUUUGCUACAAAUAGGAGAUUUCACAUUAUCACUGCAUGUCUGUAUGGUUACAACAGCAGAAUUUUUGACAGGAAAAACACAGCCUAAAGCUAACAAUUUAGCAGGCAUCCACCCAGUGCAUUAUAGGUAGUACUUUUUCUCUUGGUCAGUUUGAAUAGUCUGUUUUGAGUUGCCUGUUUUAAAAAGUGGAAUUACUGUAUCUGCUUUUACAGACUCAAAGAGGAACCAAGAAUAACUUGAAGUGCUUCCUGUGAAUCUUGCACGAGUUGGUCCAGUUCCUUAUUGUUCGCUGUUUUCCUUCCUCUUCAGUUUGGGAGAUCCUUUCACAGACAUGGCUGUGUGUGUCAGAGUCCUGCUCCCUCAGGGCUGUUCGUCCCUCCCUCCUUCACUGCUUUUUCUCUAUCCACGCUCUGGUCUACUCUGGUCCCGGCCUCUCCCGUCUUGCUGCCACUGCUGCUGCAGUUGGCCCAGCUCUGCCACAGUUUUCCAUCAAAACACCAAACCUCAAUGGAGCAUUCAAGCCCAGGCCCGCUCCAGAGCUGCCCCUCCCUCCCAUCCCACCCUGCUAUGACUCUGCCUUCUCUCUCUCUCUCUUUUUCACUGCCUGUGAAUUUAACGGCCCCAUCCAGGAAGAGGUCCGCGCUCAGACUUGGAGACUUUUAUAGCUUGGAUCUAAAGAAUUGAAUGAGCUGUGGGAAAUUGAUUUUUAAAUGCUUAAAUAUUUUUCUCUAAAACUUAAGUUAAAGAAGAACUUAAUCCACACUGGUGGAGGCCUCAGUUGUUAGUAUUCCACUAUGAAAAAGUUUUUCCAAGUUUUACCGAGUAAAACAGAGGAGCAAAUCUUCUGUAGGCUGUUUAGUGAUUGAGUUUGGUUCAUUACCAUGGCUUUAAAAGCUAUUUUACAGGGUUUCAUUUUCUGUUAGGCCCAGCUUGACUCAUACAUCUUUUUUCCACGGCUGCAACUCAUGACAAGCUCUACAAUUGAUGAAUUUGCUGAUUAUUUUUGAUAAAUUUUGUGCGAAAAAUGUCUGAAAAUAGUAUGAACAAAAAGUGUAAACCUACCUUUCUAAACUAUUUUUUUGCAGACUGAUUUUCUUAAACCAUAAAUUUAGGUUUGCUCUCAUUGGAGGCGUUACAAUUUCCUAUAUUUCACAACUAAAAUAAUUUUUUGCAGCAUUUUUGGUAGUUCUUUUGUGUUAUGUUGCUACUUGAUCAUUUUUGCUUAAAUGUUUUCGUAUUGGUAAAAAAGUCAUUAAUUGUUCAGAUAACAGAGUGUAUAGAAGAGUAUUUAAAGUAUCAUUAGGACAUAGAACAAUAAACUACUGUUGUCUACUGGAUGGAGAGUCUACUGCCUAUGUGGAGCCAUUGUCAUCGUUCAACAGAGAAAUACUAUUAACCUAUGUGAGCUGCGACUGUGUGUGUCAGUGAAACUGUUCUCAGUAAAACAGAAGAGAAAUGUUGCCCUGGUUGUGAAUUCCUUCUACAUGAUCUGUCACCAUUGCAGUAACCGGGAUCAUUACUUCAAUAUUCUGGGUUUGCUGCAGUGAGCAUGGUGUUUCAAAACUUUUUGCAUCAACAGUAUUUCACUCCACGGUGGCAUCUUUAACUAUGUAGUAUUUCUGCCAUUGGGGCAUGUAUGACUUAUUACAGUGACAAGUCUGAGCUAAGGAAAAUUGAAGCCUGUUAAACCAAAUACCCCGAACUCCACUCCCCUCCCUGCAUAACUAUAACAGUCACUGGUUUUGGACAGUAAAUGGGAGGUUAGGGUUAAUCAUGGUGUUCCAAGUAUGUACUUUUCAAAAACCCUAAGCUGAAUGCAUAAGGCUUGCAAGUGGCAUAUUAGUAUGAGACCCAUGGAUCUUUAACCACCUUAUUUUAUACUUUAGGUAGCUGAUUUAACAAAACUUCCUUAAUUUUGAAAGCAAACUUGAUUUAGAUUUAGCAUGUUUUGGGCUUGUUCCAACCCUGUCUGGGGCCUUGCAUGCUCUCCCUGGUAUACGUGGGUUCCUUGUGGGUACUUCAGUUCCUUCCACAGUCUUAAACACACUUGAUAGGUCAGUUGGUCAGCCUUACUUGCCUGUAGGUGUGAGAAUGUGUGAGUCUGGUUGUCUGUUUACAUCAGGACUAAGAUGACACUAAAUGGUUUAAGCAGGUGGAUGUCUUAAAUAAGCCUUGUUACUGUCGGCUCUUCGUGGUGGUCAGCAUAGUUGUUUAGAAAGAGAGCCAUUAGAUGCAACUUGAGUGAUAAUUAUGACACAGCAGAGUGAGUUUGUUUUCAUGAGCUCCUUCACUUGUAUUACUUAAAUCAGCCCUGAUGACUACAUCUGUCAUUUAAUGGGAGUCUAGUAGGUGUUGAGUUUGUGGUAUUUUUCAGUACUCGCACAGAAUAAUGUGUUUUACUGUAAGACGGCUCUGGUUCAAAAUUGAAAGUAAUUGUCUUUUGUUCUCUCAGAGUCAAGUUUAUAAGCUCAUGUGCAAAUGAUAUCAGCUCUUUGGAGUUCAGUUCACUGUCAUUAAUUGAUUUUGAUACAGCUGUAAAAGCGAACAAACUCACAGUCUGAGUCUGAGAUAUGGCUUCUAUUCAAAGCCUGCAGUUGCAGUUUCUUCCUCAGCCGUUCCCUUCACUUGUCUCCCUUUCACUUCUGCCGUGUCUGUAGCUGAGCUGCGAUGCCGAUGGGUCGUAGUUUUGCACUGUUUCCUGAUUCUUUUUGUCACACCUAAUCAAGCCUAUUUAGCGUGGGAAUCAAUGUGACAGCUCUGCACUGUUCACCCAAGCAGAAAAAUGUCCCUAGAGAGAAAGCUAAUGUUUUAAUUAAUGUGGACCUGCCUACGUUGUAGAGUCAAUGUUAAAAUUAUCACAGACCUCAGCUGUGGUGAUUCAGAUGCUUUCCUGUCAGGCUGUAAUGUAGGAUUUGAAUGUGUGUGUGAGUGUUGAAAUCCACAGCAUAUUACACAAAGGUUUUUUUAUGUACUUCUAUAAGUAUCUUGAAUAAUUCAUCAUUACCUGCAUUCAGCUGAGUAUUAGUCACCCCUUUUGUCUGAACUGGUUUGAAUAUUUGGAGUUUGUUUUUUACGUGAUUGUAUGGUGCUGUGUUGCAUGCCUUGACUUUGUCUCUCUUAUUUAUGUCCAUGCUUUGAUUUUUCUCCACCCCGCUGCGAUUCAGGCAGCUUAUUUCCUGGCUGCAUAAUGACAGGGUAUAAAUUCUUCAUUUUAUAAUUGAAUAUCAGAAUUCAUGUUCUCUUUCCUUUAGACUAAUUUGUUGUUUACAAAACCGUUUUACAACACAGAGCUGAUGUCCAAUGUAGUUUCUGAUGGAUGACUCAUAGCUCUAGGUGAGGAUUAUGGACAGCCUGCAUCGUCAUCCAGCCCUCAGAACUUGAUUUGCUUGUCAUGUUCAUUUGUUCCUGUACGAAAAAACCAAGAACAACAUCUGCCCACUCAGUUUUGCCAUCUCUGAGCAUGUGUUUCGUAUACAUGUCCCAGCUCAGCGCGUGUGUUUAUGUGCGGACUUUUCCAUCUCUCCAAUUCAGAGGUUUCAUAGGGAGUGGGCUACUUAAAGCUAGGGUUUUUUUUUUCCUGCUGGAAGCUCUGGAACUUAUUACAGUCUGAGGCAUUUUCAUAAACGAGCCAUUCAGCUGCCCCUGCAUGGCUCUGAAUGGGACACACUGUCGCCAGGAGAAAGAGAGUUAAUGUGGGCUAGUUAGUCGCAAGACCUCCCUAUUACAGAAGACUGGUGUUUGGAAAUGAGUAGUUAUUUGUUCUUCUGUUUUGUAUCUCACUGUGAGCAUUUAAGUUCUUUUAAAUACCAGUGACACUUGGAGUUGAAUCCUGUUGUUCGUAUAUGCAUUAAAGAAAGUAUACUGUGUCUUGAAUUGAGCUGUAAUCCCCCCUUGCAGAGGAAUAACAACUCGACAAUGGCAGAAUUCCUAAAUAAGAAAAAAAGUGUCUUUCUUGAUCAUUUUUAUUCCAUCGCAGUAUAAAGAUAAUAUAGAUAAGGGCUGGGCGAUAAACUGAAAAUUCACUGAUACUGAAAUUUACGACAAUAACCGACGUCAUUUUGCCCAUGUCAAUAUAUUCGGUGACAAAAGAAUAAAUAAAAGUUGGUUUUGGAUGUGUGUAGGUAGGCUAUGUACGCUGUCCUACGUCGGAGAUGUGACUCCACCUCAUCUAGUCCGUAACAAAGAGAAAAGACAGAUGAGGAGAUGGAGGACGGUUCAAAAGUUGUAGCGGCUGAAGUAGACUAAAUGAAUGUGGGAGGGGGUGAGCAGCUUGUGGAGUAGUUAUCGUCCAUUUAUUGUUAUUGAUGUGAACUGCUCAAUAUAUCAUGAUAUUGAUUUGAGGCCAUAUCGUCCAGCCCUAUUAGAGUCAAACUGAAAAGUACAAGACUCCUGUGAAAGUGUUUUUUUUUUUUUCUUUUGCAUGGUCAGGAAUGGCGAAACAUCGCUGUCUGCUGAGCUCUACUUUGCGUGCCAACCCCACCAGGAAUAGUGUGGAGCUGGAGGUCGAUAAUUAGCAAAGACUUCAUGAGUGUUUUAGAGAUUGCCUUUUCAUUUUUAAAUGCAUUUUAAGAUGAGAGCUCUGUGAUUAAUAUUACCUUCGUAACAGCUUUAAAUUGCUUCUCUUUAGGUCCCCCCGAUGAAUCUUAAACAUGGAGCAGAGUUAUGCCCUCUCAAAGAGUGGCUCUGUCUCUAUGUGUCAGUUAUGAAGCACUGGAGCUAAAAGUGAUUGUUUCAAGAGUUUCAAGUCUAGCCGGGUCAUGAUUUGUGAGAAUCUCCCUCCUACAGAUGCCAAUUUGCACUCUUUACUCUUAAGUACUGUGUCAAAAUCCGGAGAGAGGCUGUCAGUCUCAAAUGGAGAAGAGUGGUUAACUUUGAGCUAGCUCAUAUGAUUAUAUCCUAGAGAUGAUGUGAUACUCCCACUGUGGGAUUCAAAAGUGCAGGUUCCUUUAAUCUCUUCUUUAAAAAUUUCACUUCCUUAAAAUCAUAAUCUUUUUUAAAGUGGUGCUGACUGUGUCCAAAAAUGAUUUCAUCACUCUAUCCCUCCGUGGCAGUAAUCAGUCUCAAGGAGGGCCGUCUGGAAGGGAAACAGGCCAUGAAUGUGAUUCGGAUAUGAUUGUUACAGCUAAAGUCGUGGUGACUGUGUGGAUGUAGAUUGCAGCGCACACACACACAUUCAGACAGACACACACACAAACACAGCUGAGAUCUGAGAGGACAUUUGACCUGGAAAAUGCUUUAAUCUGCAGCUGAAGAACUCUGAUGUUAGAUGAGGAUUAACAUGUUUAUCACUGUACGGGUCUCGGCAGAAGCCUCGGAUUGGUCUUGUUUUUCAGGCUUCAUACCGGCAAAAACAGAUCAACCUCUAUUUACUUCAACACAAUCUGUCAAAUCCUUUCUUUAAGAUACUGACAACCCCUUUGUUUUUCUUUUCAUCCAGGUUUCCCAAGAAAGCAAACAGGUAAGAAUCACUCUAUUUUUCUUCUUAAUUUAUUGCAACAACAUCUGUAUGCGGAGGUAGAUAAUCUUGUGACCACACACACAUACACACCAGUUGUUUACAUACACUGAGCUCCAGAUGAGGAAGGUUUUACUUGGCCUGGUGUGCUGCAACACAGUAGACUUCAGAGUUUGGACCAAACAUGCCCCCCUCCCCUCCCUUUCACUCAUACACACUCUCACACUCACACAUACACACAGCAUUAGGGGACAAAGGGGUCCCUCUUCUGAGGGCGGCCCAUCACUGCCUUUCACUGUGUACAGAACAGUGGCCUUUCACAGUUGGGGCUGGUAUAGGCAGAGGCAGCCAUACAUAGCCUCCCAGGGUUCAAGCCGGAGUCUGGCCUUGUAGCACCUCCUCUGAGGAGCGUCCUUUCUCUGGCCUUGCUCCCUGGGCACUCAGCAGAGCGGCUCCACUUCCUCUCUGGUUGUCACAUUAUACAGUAGACACACUCAGCAUGAUUCAUACACUCGGAGGUCCUCUAGCCACAUUAUUCUCAAUGCUCAACUGAACAAUUGCUGCUUGUGUGUUAGUGUAAGUCCCUCUGAAUCUUUGCUUGCCUGCAGCUUGGGCAUGUGCAGGGUACAAGGACACAAUGCUAGUGCAUGUAAAAUAAGGCACCUGCAGUUUUUGUAUACCUGACAACACAGAGGGGAUGAAUAUUCAGCAUGUGCAGGUUUCUCAUUUUUGUUUCUGUCUCCAGAACCAGCAGCAUUCUCAGUAAAGACCACCCCCCAGACAAGAAACCCAAAAGUGACAAAACUUCACUUCCCUCAAAUGAGUUUGACCCUACAGGUAAUGUCCCGUUUAUUCUGCUUUUCUCUCUUAUACAUCUCCCUCUUCCUCGACCUCUCUACUCAUCCUCUCAUCUUUCUGCUGCAUAGGGUCUCUCUCUCUCUUUCUCUCUUUCGCUCUCCCUGAAAUACACUUGAAAAACAAACCUGCUGAUUGCUCUGAUGAUUCACAAUGCAUGCUGGGAUGGUGAGCGGUGGUGUGUUUAUCCUGCUAUUUGAACACUAUUCAUUUCACUUGUGUUGGCUGAUCUGAGAUUACUAUUUGGGUCUUGUUAUUUGUGCCUUGACACUUAUUUUUUAAGCAGGAGUUUGAAACUUUUUGACAUAUUUUUGCAGUUAAAAAGUCAUUACCAUAGUCUGCAUUUUACCUCCUGUUUGACAGAUGCUUUCGUUUUGCUACAUGUCAUAGUUUUUAAGCUGACAGUCUGAUUACAGGACCUGAAAAUCUGCAUGUUUAAUGUCCACAUGGAUCUUGCAGUUUUACAUAAAUUAGUGCAUUGUGACUUUUGUGCGCUCAAAGUUGUUGGGUGGUCUCAAUGCAUACUUGAAGGGCACAAAAGCCACUAAGCCUGUUAUGCACGCUAGUUUCAAGUUUAUUGCAGGGUGAGAAACAGACGAGUCGGAUGGUGACACUCCCUGUGGUAUUUGUCAGUAAUCAGGGCAGCAUGAUUUGAGAUAUGACUGAAGCUUCUGUAUUCAAAACAAAAUAGAAAAUCCUCUCUGCACCACAUGGUGGCUUAUCUGUGUAUGAUUCAACACAACAUAGCCUCGGUGUGUUCUCUCAGUGGUAACACAAGACAUGCACUGUGUUGCUUGUCAGUGUCUUAAUUCUUCACCAAAAUCUCUCUCUGUGAAUUCUCUGAUGGUUUAGCCUUAAUGCAAAAUAAUAGAAUAAUGUGAUUGAACAGCCAAAUGGAAGAAAAACCUCUUAAUUUCAUUAAAACCCAUUUCUUUAGGUCACUCUCAAAUUAUUAUUCCUAGAUAUUGUUCAUUUUUUGAUUACUGUCAUGAGCUUUUGCAUGCCUGCAUGCUUUUAGUCACUUUUUAUUUCAAACCCCCUUUAGUUCCUUUUAAUUUGCAUGUACUGUAAAACUGUCUUAGAUUUUCUUCUAGUUGUACUUUUUCUGUCAUCAUUUCAAAGUGGUUUGGGUUCAUAAAAAAUGAAAUACUAGCUAGUCAAGGUCACAUUUUCAAAGCAACUUUUGAUCUGUCCCAUUUGUUUUAAAAAAACUGGACACUAAAGAUAAGAGACAGCUUGUUAUCAGUUGGGCUGAGAUAGGUUCCUCUUUUGUGAUGGAGCGUGGCUAUAUUUUGGAUCGAUUUAGCAUUAGCUCCUCGCCACAAUCUAUAAAGCUGCCCUCUGGUGUAGAAGGACAUGUUGUUAAUGUAAUUUAUAGAUUACUGGUGACCUGAUAUGAAUACUGAUUCCCUGUUAGGUGUAGGGGUAUUGCCAUAAUAUUUUUGGGAUGAUGAAUCAGACUAAUUUUUAGGUUUUGAUGUGCUUAAAAAUGUGAUUUGUACUUAAAUCACAUAUGUUUACAAUUUUAAUGUAGGGUAUGAAAGGCUGCAUUUUGUUACUGAAGUUAGUAUAGUUAAAAACUCUAAAGUGACAGUUAAAUUAGUGUUGGUAUCUCUGUAAAGGGGUGCCGAUCCAAACCAUGACAUUUUAUCAAGAUACCUAUCUGUUCAUUUGAUUUUUCUUCCUCCCAUGAUUUUUUCUCCUUCAUGAUUUUCUCUUUCCUGUUUUGUGUUUCCUUUCCUUGUGUUGGUUCUCGUUCUGUUUGUGCAUAUGUGUGCGUACGUGUGUUUGUCUGCUGAUGUGCUGUCUGCGCUGUGGUCUGCGUGGUGGGGGCUCUGAGCAGAAGCUCUGGUGGUGCAGAAGAGUGGCAGCAGCAGUGUGCUAGCAGAGGGGAAGCCUGAGUCCUGUGGUAAGAAGCUACCUGCUGGAAUGGCUGGUGUGACAGCUGCUUUUAUACAAUCCCGCAGAUUCUGAUGUGAAACUGCCUCUAGAUGUUUGCCUUAACAGACUGAUGGAGAAUUACUUUUAGUUUAAUUUUAUCAUUUUAAUAUUCCGCUUCUGAGUUGAGCAUAGAGUCAGUGAGGAGUACCAGGCCAAUUUACCUGAUCUAUAAAGAAGACUGUAAAUUGACAAAGGGUUUCAAUGAAGGAUUCACUGAACAACCAGCUCCAUCUUGGUUUAUGGAUAUUUUUUUGUACUUACAAAGUUAAUGUUUGGAAUAUAUCUAGACCUGCUUAAGACCGACCUUCGCUACUUAUAACAUAGAUUUGGGGGCCUGGUGUAUAAAACAGUGCAUAGAAUCUAUAAUGAAAGUGUACAUAUGCCAAAAACCCUGAAAUGACAUGCACAAAAAAGAAUUUAGAUUUAUAAGACAGUGAACAUGUCCACUUUUACUCCCUAAGUGUCAUAUCCACCUGGAAAUGUACACAUUCAUCAGCCUCAAAUGCUCCCCUCUAUAAGCCCACAUUCAUAUACAGGUGGUAAAUGUGAAGAACCUUAUGAAUGAAAACGCGUAAAAACAUGCCGGCACAUCAUACGUUAUUGCAGUGAAUCACAGCAACAGCAGAGGAGAAUGAGGGGGAAAGUGUCAGACAUAGAAAUCGAGGCGCUCAUUAAAGUGGCAUAUAGGAAGCAUAGAUAGUUUUUGUGGCAGCAGGGUUGCAAAUAAAAGAAAAAUCACCAAAUAACUUUGCUGAAAUAUUCAUGUAGUUCUUUGCAGUGACAGUGCAUCCUUUAUUUAUCAUUUCCCAUGGUUCACUGCAGUCUUUAAAUGUUGACAGAAUCCCCACAUUAUUACAGAAGUAUGAACUACGAAUGUAAGUUGAAUGUAACAUCAGUUGUAAGUUUUAAUGUGUUUACUUUAUCAUGGUCAUCUUAGCCUGUGCUUCAACUGAAUAUAAUAUAAUGUACCUUGUUUACUUUAACAUAAUACAUACUUGUAGAGCAUGAGGAGAGUGUGAAGCAGCUGUUGCGCCGCCAUCACUCUUUGAUCAUUAUGGGAGCUAAAAAGUUCUUGAAGUGAUGCUGCACAUUAGUAGAAGAUGCCUCAGAUUUUAGCGCCCAAUAAGUUCGGAUAUGAUCUUGUUUCCUCCUUUGUGCUUCAUGGGAGUGUGAAGGUGAGACAAAGCUGAUUGAAAAUGUUUGCAGCAGAGUCAUCCUUUCGUCAUUUAUACCCGUGUUAGUGUGAAAUACACCAGUAGUUUUUUUCAGUAUGUACGUGUUGUUUAUACACAAGGCCCCAGGAUGCAAUUAAAAGUUCAGAACAAAACAAAACAUGAGUGAGCUAGAAUUCUAAAUUUUUAUCAAAGUAAUAGUAAAUAUUUGAUUAAACAUUUAUUUUGAGUAAAGCCAUGUAGAAUUAAGGGUUUAGUGAUAGGUCCAAAUGUUAGGAGAAGGUCAUUAUGGAGGCUCACUGCCUCUGUGUUGUGAAGGUGUCCUCAAAACCCUGUCCAAAUAAUCUAUCCUGCAUCAACAUCAUCAAGGACAGUUUAUUGAAAAUAUUUCUGCCCUCAUACAAACACAAAAUCAUCAAGGGAUUUACAAAAUGCUAAUUCUACCUUCUAUGUUGUGUAAUGACCCAGCUGUCAGGGCAGCUGGCACAAAUGUCAGACUCUGCUGGUGCUUAGAAUCUGUUCAUAACGCUGUUUUACUGUCAUAUUCAACAAAGCAGAACUGUCAUCUUUGUACCUGACUCAGUUAUCUUCAUUUCAACUCAUCCAAGGAACUUCACAGAUAAAAAAGACUUUAUUACAACUUCAAAUAGUCUGACUAUCAGAAGAAGAGUACUUUGACCUUUCUGUUUCGUUAAAUAAUGGCUUUGGUUCCCUGUUUUAUUAUGGUGCAGCGGAAGAUACUCCGUCAGUAUUAGAGGUCUGUUUUCUGUCAAGAGCAGUUUUCCUAGUGUUCCAGCAAAGGGUGCUGAUUGCAGAUCAGUUAAACCUCUGAAUAAUACAUUAGCUUAGAUGGAUUGACCUGAUCAGUGAUCAUGUCAGCACUCACACUCUUCUUGUUUUACAAUCAACAGCCGAGGAUUUCUAAAGUAAAGCCGAGCAUAAAGUCAAAGCAAAAGAUCAACAUCUAGAGGCAAAUUCACACCAGCUCUUUUAACCCAUAUGGCCUCAACUCUUUCUUUGACACCCCUGUCCUCUCCCCUAUCCCCCUUCCCCCCUGCUCUACCUAACCCUGUCCCUCUCUCUACACCCUUCCCCCAACCUGAAGCUUUUGCAUCCCCUAACCUCUCUUCGCGUAAUAGUCCCUGUUCCUUCCACUCUUCAACCCCCACCCCACCUCUGCCCUUAUUGAUCCACUCACCUCUCUGGUUGAUGCUGCACUGACCUGGGAAUCAUAGAUACCACAACAAACAAUAAUCUAUGGAUCACCUUCCUCAGUUUGGGUUGCUUAUAACAUCUGCUUUAUAGAGACGUUUUAAUAAAACUUGCAAUUAUUGGAAAAUCGUCUAACUUGUUUAGUCACAGAGAACGAUGUUAUUUCUAUAAAAGCAUUUAGCAUUUUUUUGCAUCCUAUUUCCUUUUGUGUGUUCUGGCCCAUCAGUCCAGUCUAUGUCAGCCAGACUUUAGAUAAGCUCUAAUCUCUGCUUGCCACGCUAAUGAAACCCCAUAUGAAAAAAACCUGAAAAGUAACAUAGUUCCUUCUGGCCUGUGAGACAACAACCAAACAUGUCUGCAGAUCUGUUUCAACAACAAAGUAUUCACAUUUCUCACAGGAUUGAAUGUACUAAUUCGGUUGUCUAGUCAAGAUGUUUUUUGGUGAUGUUUAACUUGUGUUUAUAUCAAAAAUACAAAAAGUCUUCCUUAGAUGUUUGGGUUCAGUGGGCAACAAGCUGCCUUUACUGUACACUAAGAUAAGAUCCUGUUAUUCUGGAAACAUGAUAUGCUGCCAGAGAUCAGUUAUGGUCUGAUUCGUCAGAGGAUAGUUUCACAUUUAAGUGAGUCUUAAUGGCCGUACUGAAGUCAGUAUGUGCCCCUGUUCUUUUCCAUUUGUUCAUACUGGCUGCAGGCAGUUUCGGUGAAAGUAAAGGGAGACAGAUUUUCUUCAUGGUCAGUUUGGAAAGAGGAAACGUUUAAAGAGAGCAUCUGUUUUAAUGCAUGCAUAUAGACGAUUAUAUUUAUUAGAUAUACAUUAAAAGAAUUGAAUUUAUCCGUGAAAUGAAGGUUCUGUUUAUUCCAUUAUCUUUUGGUGAUGCCAAAUUUCAAUCACAAGACCACGGAUUGUAUAAACAGCUGGUAUUAUGGUUACAAAGUAAAGCCCCUUCGAAAUACAUGCCUUGGCUUGUUUGAAAUAUCUGCUUUUCUUUCGAUUGCAAGAUAAAAAGUUAAGGUAGUUGUAGUUGAUAAAAUAACUUCAGUGAAUACAUAAUUUAAUUGGAGUGGCUUCCUGGUCCUUUUAAAGACAAUGUUAUGUCUGUCUGUCCCGUCUGUCUCGCUUGCAGGUCUGGUCCAGCGAUGUGUAAUCAUCCAGAAAGAUGAAAACGGCUUUGGGCUCACCGUCAGCGGGGACAACCCAGUAUUUGUGCAGCUUGUCAAAGAAGGUAAGGCAAAGUGUUGUAACUUGAAAGGAAGAAGAAAAAGAUGUCAUUACUGGGACUACUUCUGGUCUGUGCAAUUGUAAUAGAGAUGUGGGAUCUUCUUCCACGCACUGACAUCAAACUGUCAUGGUAGUGUACGUUGUAGUCCCAGAUAUCUGGGUAAUUGGGACUCAACCAGCACAACCACGCUGACACAUUCUUAGAGAAGUCGAGCCAUUGACUGCAUAUUUCCCCCUCACUAGUUUUACUGUGGCUGCAGCUUCUGCUUUACUGUGCUGUCUUUUGAAAAGGAGACUGGCAGCAUACUUGUGGGGUCCUAGAGUCUGUCUCUGUCAGUCAGAGAUGUUGUAGGCUGUUAUCAGGUCAUGGAAAUGUUACACAGUCUGCUCUUUAGAGGAGCGAGACAGAGGAGGAAGGAACUGAUCGGGAACUUUUGUUGCACUGUCAUCAGUGUUUGGCAGCUUUUAGCUUUCACUGCGCAGUAACAUUUAACUCCACAAUGGGUUCCACUCAGUUUUAACUGGAUAUAAUAAGGUCAACUUCAGUUUUAAUGUGUCCUGGUGAAUCUCUGUUAAUAUCUUUAGCUCUGAUACACAAGUAAUCCGAAUCUGCCAGUACAUUUUGACAAAUCAUUAUGUCCUGAGUUUGCAAUCAUGCCUCUCUUUCCACUUUUACACUUGAGGAAGCACAAGUCCAUUUUUAAUGAGACUGAUACACAUUCUUUAUCAUUGUAAAAGCGAGGACACCAAUAGGUGUAUUUGCUGUACAAAAUACUUAAGCUGUUUGUUGCUGACUUUAGAGUCAGACGAGGAUCUCAUAAUAACCUGUCUCAUGCCUAAAUCCUUUUGUUUGGGGUGGAGCUGUGAAACAGGUCCUUCUCGUAAUAUAACCACUGUUAUGGUCUUUCAAAAUAGCUCUUAAAUAGUCACUUUGCAACACCAGGUCUGUAAAGGCCAUAUAGUGGAUUCACUCUGAAGAAAUAUUAAGGGUUGCUUCAUGAGGGUGAAUGUCUUUUUCUGUUUUCUUUCUUGUGUCCUCUCCAUCCUUUCAGUUCUGUUUCUUCAGUUUAUUUUUUUACUUCGCCCCUAGUAUUUUUCUUAAUGCUGUUCUCCCUCGUUGUUUGCCAGAUGGGGCUGCUAUGCGGGCAGGUGUUCAGACAGGAGACAGGAUCAUCAAGGUAUUGUGCUCAUCUGCCUCUGUGUUUAAACUGCUAGUCACUGUUUCCAUGUCCAAGAGCAGAACUCAGGCUGUAGGCUGCCACCUUCUGGCCACUCUGUGUUUCUGCUCUCAUCUUCUAUGAAUUUAAAUCGAAUCUUGAAAUUGUGUUUUAAGAAAAUAGUUUUUGAAUUAGUUUGAGUUGUUUAAAGUUCAUCCUUAUGCUGUACAUUUUUUCCAGGUUAACGGGACCCUCGUUACACAUUCAAAUCACAUUGAGGUGGUGAAGCUCAUCAAAUGUAAGAUUUCUUAUCUACCAUCUUUUGUCAAUAUUAAAAAGAAAUAUGAGUAUAAAAUUGACCCUUUUUGCUCUGAUGUUUUUAUUGUAGCGGGCUCCUAUGUGGCCCUCACAGUGUUGGGGCGUCCUCCAGGACUCCCCCAGAUUCCCUUGUCUGAGGCGGAGUCUGAAAUGUUGGGUGUUAGCAUUUCCUCGCCAAACUCACCAGCAACAGAGCGCCCCUAUAGUCCUCUGGACCGAUUCUCCUCUGCUCACACAUCAUGGGUACGGAAGACACCAUCCUCUUACAUUGACCAUCGACCUUUCACUUUUAUUGAUAAUUCCUAUUUAUUCCUUUAAUAUCAUUCUACCUUUGUAAUUAAUUCAUUCCCUCUUUGUUAUUUAGUUCUUGCUCUUCAUUAUACUCCUCCUUAUACCAGCCUUCUUUAAAAAAUAUAUACUAUAAGCUACAAUAUGUGUUAUGCUCAUCUAAUGUUUGCAUGAAUGCUUUCUUGUGUGCACAAACGCCUUUUUAAAUUGUCUCGCCUUUAUAGCACUGUAAGCUAGGAGGCAGCUAAGGUGCAACACCCUUGUGUGUUUUUGUGUCCACUAUGUGUUUACCUUAGGUGCUUAAUACAUAAUAUAAUAUAAAAACCACACACUGGGGCAUCAAUAUUACGCUGUGUGGGAAUCAGCUUGAAAGGCAUGACAGUAAAGCUGCUCUUCUGCAGCCUCAUAACUUAAAAAAAAAAGACUGAAGUUUCAUGUGUUUUCAACUUUCCUUUUGUUUCCCCCCUGCAGGAUGAGAACAGCAGUGUCUGCAACCAGAGGGUUGAUGUCUUGCAAAAGAUGCUCUCAAGGGAGCAGCAGGAGCUUCAGGUUGGCAUAACAAUCACUUCUACCAAUGCUGAUUUCAACAUGGUUUACGGACAGUGUUUAGAGGCUACAUCUGAACAUUGUUCUGAGUUUCCCCCUCAGUGGUGCUCCACACAGGAGAUCAUCUUUUUUAUACGAGUGCCAAACAAACUGGUGUACUUAACUGUGUUUUCAUGUGGGACGUAAGAGAGGUUGAGAACUCUCUGUACUAAAUUGAUAUUUUUAAAACAAUAGAGAUAAUCUACCGUGUUAAUGAAAGAGUUAAAAAAAAAAAAAGGUAGGCGAACAGGAAAAAAAGUAUGCAGCAGCUUUACUGACUGCAGAGCCUUCAAGGUCAUCAGUUUCCUCCUGCUUGUUGUGUAUGCUUCACAUAGUUGCAGACUCUGUUCACCAUCUACAAAUAUACCUCAUAGAAGGACACUGGUGUCCUUUAAGUAAAAUACUUAUCCUGUCAUAUCUUGUUAAAUUUUAGCUGAGUUGACAUUUGUGUCCUGAUAUACAUCUCCUCUCUGUAAAGCCCUUUUAAGUUAAGGGUUUCCAGACAUCUUUGAAAUGUUCUCUAAGGACCCCCUACUGUUAAAACUGUUAAUUAUUGAAGGUUGGCAGUACUGCAUUUGCACCCCUAAUUACUAAAAGAACAUUGUUUUGUGAGAUAGAAUUGAUUCAAGUAGAUGUGUUGAUUAGAUAAAACUGUGCUUUUACAAUCAGGGAUUUUCCAACAGACAACAUGCUCCAUCCACAUAUGACAUGUUUUUUUUUUGUAGCCUGAUUGUAAACAAAUAGCAGGAUACUACAGUUGAUUUCACUGCUUAUUUUACAGGCCAUGAAAGAGGAGUACAGCAGGAACCCCUCCCCCAAACUACUGAAAGACAUCCAGGAAGCUAAAAAACACAUUCCUCAGCUGCAGGGUCAGCUCUUUAAGGCCACUGGGGCAUCACAGGUAAAGUAAAAAUAACUCCCCAUCAACUACCUCAUUGAGAUGUCCAAGAACACUGAUCUAAAAGCAAAACCCAAGCAGUCUAUGCAUAAUUUGGUACUGGGUGUUCAGGGAUCGCUCCAGACUAGCAAUAAUCCUAAUCUCAUCAGAGGAUUAGGCUUUCUCUGUGGGAAGCCACUCUUUUGUGUCUGUGUAACAGCUUAUUUUUACACACAACACUCACUGAACCUUGUGUUGUGUAUUCUAGCAUAUUUGUUUGUUGUUGAAAUGUCAAAAUUUAUAACGAUGAGAUUACCGUCCUUAAAUAUGCACAUGAAUGAUAUUACCAAGAUUUUUUGGCUUAAUACAGUCGGCGCAUGAUUUAUUCUGGACCUCCUGAAUCUUGUUCUGGUGUAAUUAAGCAAUCUUGUGUCUACAUGAAUCUUUAGGAGGCUGUUCCAGGUGUCGAUGCAGAUGAUGGUAGCACGUUUGAAAUGGAGCACACCCCUGGCUCUAAGGGAGACAACAUUACAGACCUUUCCUGGAGCAGCACUCCUGUAAGUUUUCACAUAUCAGCCCAACCAACUAAAAUAAUUUGAAUUCCUCUCAUAAGCCGAAUGUCAUGCCCUUCAUUCCAUAGGAAAGGUAAGCUAAAGGAUAUCAGAUUCAUAGAAUCAUGCGCUUUAAAUUGGACAAGUCCAAAUUAACCCAGUUUAGGUUUAGCUACUUUAGAUCCAAACGACACACAUGCAACCAUGAUACUAAAGAUUUGAGUUCUUUUGGUAUUUAUUUUUCUUUAUUCUUUAUUGCAUGUCCAGUUAUCUCGGGGAUUUGGGCCUGGAUCUCCAGACAGCUUCUGCCCAAGCCCAAAGAGCACUCCCAGGAACAGCUUAAACUCCUGCCACUCCCCAGAGGCUGAGGAUGCCACUGACCUGGUGACUAUAUUCAAUAACAAAGUCAAAGAUACCUGCAGAUGCUAAAUAGGAUUGUGUUUUGUAGAACAAACUCAAUUAUAUCCUAAAUAUUUAAGUGUGUGAUGAAUGACCUGUGCAGUGUAGUGUUUGUGGGUUAUACAUGUCAAAUGGAAGAAUUUCUUCUGGGAAAACAUCAACUCAACUCUGCAACUCUGUCUUUUCCCCAGGACUCCUUGUCCCCUACUACAGUUAGCAGUCCCUCUUCCUCCCGGCUUGUCUCACAAAUCAUUGGAGCUGAGGACGAUUACUUUGAUUCAGAUCAGGAACAGGUAAUUUAUAGUUGGACGAUUUUAAUACUUCAGUGUCGACCUUUCACUCUUACUCAAACAAGUGUUACAUCCAGAGUUUAAAAAACAAAACAGGAAUGAUAAAGUCAUGAGAACAUUGUCUUAGUUUGCAGAGUGUAAAUUUUGUUCAAGCUGGUGUUUUGUAAGGUGAUUUAUUUUAGUAUAAACAUCAUUGUACUGAUUUUUUUUUUUUUCAGACAAAUGGCCAGUGUAACAAUUUUAACAGCAUUGAUCAGCUCAAGUCCCGGCCCGCCCACCUCGCAGCCUUCCUUCAUCAUGUUAUCUCUCAGUUCGACCCUGCUCCUGUGGUAAGACCCUCCCCUUUACACCUCAUUCAAAUGUCUUGAUCUCCAUUUUCAGUGCAUUUAAUGUUCAACAGUCCUCCCAGCCCAGAAUUUCUUUUAAACUUAUCUUCCGUCUUCAGCUGUGCUACCUCUAUGCUGACCUCUACAAGCAGACCAACUCCAAAGAGACCAGACGGGUGUUUAUGGACCUCCAUGCAUUUUUCAUUGACCGGGGAGCAGUAAGUACAGUUUCCUGUAUAUUAUUCUUUGAAUUACGCCCACUAAUUCAGAAUAAUUAUGAUGAGAUGUCUGGUUAAACACCGCAGCAUCCACAAUACUCCAACAGUGUUUGGAUGAUUUGUGAUCUAAACUGUUAUUUAAGGCAUUGUAAAGUAUAUAAAAUUUCAAAUAAUCAUUUAUAUAUAUAUUUUAAGAAAAUGUCAAUUUAUUUAUUUCUUUAUUUAUUUGCAGAAUUUAAAAGUUGCUGUCCCUGAAUCCAUCUCUGCUGAUCUUGGUAAGAAUCGUGCUUUGCUUCAUCACCUUGCAGUUGUGGACUUAGAGUCACUUUGAGUCUAUGAGCAGUCUAUUAGAGCCACUCUCUGUACAUCUGUUGGCUCACCUCUCUCUUUUACCAUGUCAAUAGUACCUUCAAGUUUUAACAUACAUAUGAUGUGCUCUCCCAGCUCAUGUUUUAGGAAAUACAAUCCUCUGGUGGUGGAGAAAUCACUGCUCCACCUAAACAGUGCGUUUGUUUUUAAAUCCUUUGAGACUUGGCACACAGUUUAUAUGAAAGUGCAUAUGGUUGUAUUUGCAGAUCGGCGGCGGACAGAACUGAUCCCUGAGGAAAUUAACAGACAGCAUGUUCAAACACUGCAAGACUCACUGCUCCCUGACAUUCAGAGGAACCUUGAGGAUUUCAGGUAAACUGGCUCAUUCUGACUAUUUGGAUUUUAUAUACUUUAUCCGUUUCUGGUUAAACAAUGAGUUCCCCGCUGAGUACACUAACCGUGGUAUAUGACUUUGACAUGUUGGCACAUGCAGGCAGAAGCGCAGUAUGGGCCUGACGGUGGCUGAAGUAGAGCUGGCCAGACUGGACCAAGAGAGAGUCAGAGACCGUGUGGCUCUGGAGCGAGAGCGCUCAUAUGCUGAAAACAUCAUUACCAAAAUAGAGGACGUUUUGUAAGUACAACAUGCCGUUCAUACAGCCAUGCACCCCUUGGAGGCACCAUUGCACUAAAUCUGAUGUUUGUCCUCUCUUUUCUGUAUUGUUUAUAGAUUAAGUACUCAGACCACAGAGGAAGAGAAAUGGUAAGCAGAUUUUGGCCGUUUGAAAUGAAAAUGUCUUGGAGCAUGAUGAUGGGAUUCUUCAAACACUCUUUGGGCUUCAUUCCAGAUAUUCACUGUAUUUGUAAUGUUUAAAGUGUCUCACAACAGUCUGAACAAAUGACUGUGUCAUUUCUCAUAUUAACAGACCUCCUUUUAAUUACUUCUCAACAUGUGAUCCAAACAAUAAUAUGUACUUAUUAGUUAUUUUUGAUGUUGAAACUAAGAAUACAAAUAUCUCCUGUAGUUUACAACAGAGACAGUCAUGCCAUCUCUUAGAUAUAGGAUCAAAUUCAAGCCAUAUGUUUGUUUUGAUUGAAUAAUUUAAAGUGUGACUGAUUGAAACAGUCUUGUUGGAAAAGCCAUAUGGCCACAGAACAGCCCAGAUGGUUUGUGUAGAAAUUAUACGAGAAGGACUGGUAUGACAUAUGGUAGAAGUCAUAAUGUGGACACUUCCAGUUUAAGCAUUCUGUUUAUAUGCUGGUUAGGAUUCAGAAAGGAGGAUUUAGACUCAUGUGAUGUCCCUUCUGUUUCCAUUUAGCACUACAAUGCAGUAUGUCAUUUAUACAUACAUGAAGCACCUUGGCGUGAGGGUAAAAGAACCUCGCAGUAUUGAGUCCAAACGGGUUAGGAUCAACUUUCUCCCCAAAAUCAAGGUACUUCUGCAUAUGCAUUUUCUAUCUUUGCGAUCGUCUGAGUCUCCUCCUUAAGAUCUGCCUCACACACUCUUUUUCAAUGUGCUACAGAAAAGUAUCAAGACUGAAAAGGAGGGAGAAGAGAAGGUGAAGAAACCCAGAUUUCCCAGUAUUCUUGGACCUCAGCGGAGACCCAGUCGCAUUGAAGCAGCAUCAGGUGAGCGGGGACUUACAGUCAGGCUAAAUUUAUGUCGCUGCUACUUGAACUUUAUCAUUUUUUGACUCCUUUUUAAUAUGUUUUCAGUGGGUAAAGCCUUGGAUGGCCGUCCCAGGCCUCAGAAACAGUUGUCUCAGCCUACACUGGGUGCAAGUGAUCACGCAGAUGGUGGUCGUCUAAGAGGCAGCCAAUCUAGCGAGGGCUCUGAACUCACACACUCCACUUCUGUCAACACCUCGUCCCCAAGCAGCGCCAACUACAGCUCCGACACAAGUCGAGAUGCUGAAAUGGGUGAGCUUCGAAACACUUUAAAUAAACACAGGGGUAGAAGAGAAAUGCAAAGGAUCAUUGGUUUCUAAAUUGUGACUUGUCUCUCAGGUGGAACUCCAACCUCUGGCCCCUCCAGGCUGAGUGAUGGCCUUGUGUCUGACCCCUUGGAUGGGUUGCCAUACCCUGCAUCGCACUUUGACCUAUACAGCCUGGACCAGCUGCAAGAAGAUGACAGAGAAAGUGAUAGGUGCGUUUAUAGUCACAUUUGCAGCAACACUUUUUUUUUUUUUCGUUACGGAGGAAACAUUUGUUCUUGACAUUGAUUUUUCUGUUUGUAGAGCCCACGAGGGAACACCGAAGGCCAUAAGAAGGUGAGGAUUAAACUUAACUCUAUCUAGAAGAUGAGAAGUGAGGUCAGACAGAUAAAAAGCUAACUCUGUGUCUGUUUCUAGGCUGGAGGGACUGGGUGCCGCCGACGUACAGAGUGAGGACGACCAGGGAACUGACUCUGAGCAUGACCCUCUGAAUUGGCAGCAGCUGGUGGGAAGAGAGGUCCUAGCAGCUCUCAGGCCUCAGGAAAUAAAGAGACAGGAAGUCAUCAACGGUGAGGACAUAGCUAACCUGUUCAGAUGACAUAAUACCCCCUAAAGUCAAAUCUGUUUUCAGUGAACAGGUUUUCCUUUCAUCUAUGAGAACACAAGUUAUUGAGUGAUAUGACAUGCAGCUUCAGAUCACUAAUCAUUCCUUUCUGUGUUAAUACCCUGACAUCUUGACGUUGUUCCCGCAGAGCUGUUUUACACUGAGCGAGCACAUGUACGGAUGCUGAAAGUUUUGGACCACGUUUUCUACCAGAAGCUCUCCAAAGAGGGCAUCCUGCCUGCUGCUGACAUCAAAAACAUUUUUACCAACCUGGAGGAGAUUCUACUGCUGCAUGGUACACACAGACACACACAUCCUGAAAUCCAUAUGUAACCUGUAUCUAAAUGCACUGGAUCCAUUGGGGAAAAAAAUGUAAUAAACCAGAACUGAGGUAGUGAGAAUUAAGAUAAAGCAUCUGGUAAAAUUAAACCACAACAAAUUAUUAAAACUUGGAACUAAAAAUGUUUGUAGAAACAUGACCAUCCCUUAUCUGCCAUCUGUAUUAUCCUGCACACACAGUCGAUGACUUGGUUUCUUUCCUCUGGAUUUCAGUUUCAAUACUGGAGCAAAUGGCAGCCGUUCGGAAGAGAAAUGAGUCUUCAGUAAUUGAUCAGAUAGGAGAUGACUUGCUCUCCUGGGUGAGUAGAAUUCUCAGGCUGAGAUUGUAUUUCCUCCUUUCAAACAUUUUCUUAUAUUGAACGAAUCUCAAGAUGACUGAUGUGUUGGGGGGGGAAAGUACCGUGCAUAAAGGAAUUGAACUGCUCCCAUGAAUUCUUUCAUGACAAGAAAAAAAAAUGUAGGUGUGAAACUGCGUUCUUUAACUGCAGCUGUGUCGAUAUUUGCUCAUCAUAUAGACAUAAAAAUUGUCCUGUAUCACAAUACAGAAGGGGUUAUUUCAGGUUUUUGCACACUUGAAAGGAUAAACUUUGGACAUAAAAAAGAAUUGUGGAAACUCUGUAGUAUAACUGAAGCCUCUUCCUCUGGAUAGUGAUGUCAGAUAGUGCCCUAGAUUUUACUGACAUUUCUCAUGUAGAUAUCAUGUUUAAUACGUUAGAUGUGAAGAAGCCACCUAUCAGUCGGCAGUCUCGUCUGAAACAUUUCUAUGGGGGAUAAGUAGGGUAAACGGUCCCCUGAGGGUUGCAGCAUUGAUCUAGUCUACAUUAAAAGUUAAGCUGUCUCUUCUACGAAGAAGGACUUAAGCCUGCCCCCCCUUCUGGGAGUCGCUGCUCAUGGUUAAAUAGUAAGGCAUUUCCAUGGCAACUAGCCUUGACCCAGAUCAACUGGGCGACUGAUCACCGUCUCUGCAUGUCUCCUUACGUCUCUGUGCGUCUCUGCUCUGUCCUGUCUUGGGUCGGGCGGUUUACAGUUCAGCGGCGGAGAGGAGGAGAAGAUCAAGCAGGCGGUGGGAACGUUCUGCAGUAACCAGCCUUUCUCUCUGGAGAUCAUCAAGACCAAACAGAAGAAGGACUCACGCUUUGCUUCAUUCAUUCAGGUAAUGACUCAUGCUUCUAUUCUGUUAAAAAAAUAAUGCUGGACGGAGCCAAAUACCUAGAACAGAAGAAAAGGAUGCCUCAUUCACAUCACUUAAAUUACAGCUGUCACUCCCCUGAAAAAUAACCUAAUCUACAUUUGCUGUCUUUUUAUUCUCCUUUUUUUUUGCUAUUGUUUGAGCACUUAUCUUAAGAGAACCUGUCUUUUUUUUAUUGCUUUGCAGGAGGCAGAGAGUAACAGACUGUGUCGCCGUCUGCAGCUUAAAGACAUCAUUCCCGUAGAGAUGCAACGGCUCACCAAGUACCCCCUGCUACUUGAUAACAUCGCCAAGUACACAGGUGCUGUCGGGCUUCCUUACCAAUCGGUUCCUCACAGAAGUCUGAUUUGUCAAUGUUAAAGACAGUUAUAGAUUGUUGCAGGAUAUUAUUAUAUAGUCAUAGAUGUUUCAAUUACUUUGUGUAAAAAUUCACCAGAUUUAGAAUUUUUGCUCUGAACAGUUUUUGGUCCAUUGAUUGUUUGAUGUUGGACUAAUUGCAACCACUUUAGAGGAGACUAUAGUCACCAUGACACCGAGUAUGGUUAAUGCAUUCAGUGAAGCACCUGCCACUUAUUUUGGAUACAUAUAAAGCCUUAAUGAUGCCAUCGUACCUGCAGGGAAAUCCUCAGAGCUGCUUAUAGUGCAUGCAGGUACAAGAAUAAAUACCAAAUUUCAAUCACUGUAUCCGUCACACACAGUCAAAUUUUAAUCGAGUUUUGAUAAAUGGCGGUGUUGAACCACUGUUUCUGCUUAUUCCCUGAACCACUGCGAGAAGUGUCAGAUUUAUUUGACUAGGGAAACUGUUUUAUUGUCAGCCGCCUGGAACAGCAAACCGGCUGAAUAGCUUACACAGUUUAAUAUGCUGCACCGCAAAGGGGAUAGUUGUCAAAUGCUACCUUCACAGUACGGUUAAUUUGUUUUAUCCAGCCUUCACUCCCACGAUCUUCAAUUUCUUGACUUUUGCUCAGUAGCUAUAAAUAGAAAUCAACCCUGGGAAAAUUGAAAUAAGAUGAACUAUACUCAGUCUUAAGCAAGGUUGAGUGUGGCAGCAUGCCAACCAUCAGACAAAUGUAGGAAUUAACAUUUUAAUGCUGCUGGAGGGGUGGUGCACAUUUUAGGAAAUGUCUGGCCCAUUAUUUGCUUCAUCAUUUUAGUCUUGGCUGGAGUUCUGGCCUCACACAGAGGAAGCACACUAAAGAUAAAGCAUAACCAGCCAUUACAGGAUCAUAAUGCCCCCUUUGCUUUAUCAUAAUUUUUGAGAACGAUGGUGUGUUAAUGGGAUGAAGAAAUAUCAAUUUGCUGGACAGCCCCCUGCAGAACUAUGGAGGCCUAACUCCUUUUUGAUGUCAUAAUAUCUUUACAGACAGUGCAGCAGAGAAGGACAAAGUGAAGCAGGCAGCAGACUGCUGUAGAAAGAUCCUCAAUCGCGUCAACCAGGCUGUGAAGGAAUCUGAGGACAAGCAGGUGUGAUGUUUCUUAAAAUCCCAUUUUAUGCUCCCCUCCAAGUCUAAUUCUUCUUCUAUUUAAGUCUUCUCUUGAGUCCUUCCUUCUUUCCCUGCUCCACCACAAUUUAUUUUUCACCCCCUUCUUUGCUCCCUGCCAGAGGCUUCUUUUUAAAGAGCGCCUACUUAUCCUCUUUCUGUCUCCACUUCUCUCUGUCGUCUCCCUAGAGGUUGGAGGACUAUCAGAGAAGACUGGACCUCUCCUCUCUAAAGCAGACAGACAACCCCAUGAUCCUAGAGCUAAAGGUGAGCUCUCUACAGUCCCAGUGGUUUUACUUGUUGCACGCCCACACACACCAUUAGAAAUAACUUCAGGGUAGAAGGUCGUACAAUAGGAGACCUGCUCCACUGACCGGUAGCAACUGUUGAAUAAUAUUGAAUGAAUUAAUCUGUCCUACCUUUAAACAGAAUUUGGAUCUGACAAAGAGGACGAUGGUGCACGAGGGUCCACUUUCAUGGAAAGUUAACAAGGACAAGACAAUUGGUUUGUAAUCAGCAUAGAUAAGACUUUGGUUUUGAUCUAUGUCUUAUAUUUCCUCCCAAAAGAAUCACCAUUUUUUAACCUCUCAUUUACUUUCAGAGCUGUAUACACUCCUCCUGGAAGACAUCCUUGUUCUGCUACAGAAACAGGAUGAGCGUCUGAUCCUCAAGUGUCACAGUAAAAACCUGGCAGGCACCGCGGAUACCAAACAUAUCUUCAGCCCCAUCAUCAAACUCAACACUGUGUUGGUGCGCUCUGUGGCAACAGGUCAGUUACUAACCGGUCAAAGUUUUUUUUUUUUCAUGUACUUUAUUGUUCAAAAAUGACAGAACUUGGAGGAAAUUUCAUGCUGGAUGAUCAGAUCAAACAAGUGGGGUCAUUCAUAAAUCUCGCUUUCUGUCUCCACUCACUCCUGCCAGACAACAAGUCCUUCUUCGUCCUCUCCAUGUCAGAGAAUGGAGCUCAGAUCUAUGAGCUGAUGGCGCCAACAGUCUCAGAUCAGAGAUUGUAAGUACACACACACACUUUUUUAUUCAUCUUUAAAUUUUUACUGCUUCACUUGCUUCACUUAUAUCUGUAUAUUUAUUUCACAAGGUGGCAGGGUCUCAUCACACAGAGAGCCGAUGCCAUGAAAGUGAAACCUCACAGUGUGAUACCUUUACCUCAGACUGAGUACGUCAUGUUUUCAUCUUUCUGAAUUAAUUUGAACUAAAGGCUAAUUCGGCGUUUGAAAUUGUGGCUGACUGAAGAUGUUGUUUGUGUGGCAGUGGGGAGAGAGACGGUGUGGAGAUCAUUACAGCAGGUGUUUCCAGGCUGAGCAGGGACCCCGACCGCACAUCCACAGGCAGCACCCAGUCCACAGGUAUUCAUAGAUGUUCAUUUCUUUUUAUAGUUUUCUCCCGAUGCUACUUUAUAUGCCUCACCAUGCCCAGCUGUCGGGAUAAUUCUUCUCUGAUAUCUGUAAUUAUCUCCCCUCAGAUAAAGAGAGCAGUCCAGCCUCGAGGAAUGUGAUGCAGAGUUCUUUACCAGGUAGUAAUCCAUUCGAGGAGGUGAAGGCAGAGGAGGAGGAAGAAGAGGAAGGUUUUGUGGACCCAGAGCUGCCUUACCAAGUGGCUGAGGACGGGAAGGAAGGAGACUCAUUUGAUAUGUUUCCCUGCAGGGCUGAUGAAGCACUGAAAACAUGUAAGCAAAGAGCGAGGACAACUGAAUUAUUCUCUGUGUUACUAACAACCAGCUGCACACAUGAACUCUUUCCUUUCAAUUUUCCUGCAGUGGCAGCAUUAAAACAGGUGCUGGUGACCCAGCUAAUGUCCCAGGAGGCUGCAGAGCAAACCAAACGCUCCACAGGGGCCCGCCUCCUCAGGACCACCUCCCUCCGGACCCCCGUUGACAGUCGUGCUCGGGUGAUGGUCCACAAUGGCUCAGAGAAGGGCAGUUCUCAAACAGAGGACCGGUCUCAGGACCUGGGCUCUGGAGACACGGGCUUCUUUGAUUCUCCUGAAGAUUAUGGUGAGCCUGGACAGUUUGAGCAAUCGCUUUAGAUUUUGAUCAAAUGUGCUUCUGGGUUUUGUAAAGUUUACCAUCAAAAUAAUAAUUAAAUGCUUUAAAACUUAAUUUCUUUGCUUAAAAACCAUCGGGACCCAACAAAAUAUACAAAACUAAAUUAAACAGAAAGGCAUGUGCAUGAAGAUCUCUUGUUAUGCAAUGUCUGGUUAAGGAACAAGAGUUCAGGCUUUCAGCAGCUUAAAUGGAAAUACCUGAAAAAAAAGGAAAAGGUAUCUCGUAUGGGGUCAUUAGUAUUAGAGUGCUUUUAGAGUGCUUGUACAAUUUAGAGUCUAAUUACUGAUUCCUGAUUUAUUCCUCUUGCUAAAUCUCUUUUAAAUUCUAAUUUAUGUGAGACAAUUAGCAAGACAUAAGAGGUUUGAAGUGAUACUUUGUUGAAUUGAGAGAUACAGCUGUGAAUCAUUAAGGUAGCAGUGAAGUGAAAUAUAAUGUUCCUUUAUAAUCGGGCUAAUUGAGAGCGCAUACAAAGAAAAUAAAAAGGUCCCAGUAUCGACCCCUGAGGGACUCCACAAAUUACUAAGUGGUGAAGGGAAGAAUUUCCAUUAAUUAUGAUAUGGAGCGUGCACAGUUUUGUCUGUCACCUCCUAAUCCUUGUUUUUAUAAGCACUUCUAAUGUUAAAAGGUGUUUUACUUUCUCAGCAGGAUAUUUAGUCCUGGAGGGUUAUGGUGGUCCAGGGGAGAGCAGCACCGAUGAUGACAUCUUGGCAUCGACCACAGGGAAGCAGCUGCGCACGUCACAAGGCUGCGCAGCCGACUCUGGUAUCAACUUAAGGUUUUCCUCAACAUCACAAGCCGGCAGCCUCUCCUCUUUUAGUAGACAGGUCCUGUCUCACCUAAGAAACCUUCAGUCCAACCUCAACUAUCUGAAGGUAUCUUGACAGUUGAUAUGCUCGACAACAUGCAUACGGAUAAAAGUUUUCUCUUUUUGACACAUGGUUGUCGAAUUAGUUUCAUAACCUUGCAUUGAAUUGUGUUUCUUUUGAAGGAGGUGGAGGCAAAGUACAAUAAUCUACUACGCCAAAGGCCAGAGAGGGCAGCAGCAGACACACAUGGAAACAAAGGUAUCUCAAUUCACGCUCACUCUCAGCAGAUAUAUAAGAAAAUUUCAUUUGUGAGCUAUUCCCUGUCUGUGUCCUUUUUUUUAACUCUUACAAUCUAAUUUUCUCCGCAGAUAAAAGAUAGUGGAAGUCGUGCUUCAGUUUACGGUUCUGGUCCACACAAAGAGGAAGUACUGACCGGCAGUCUGUUCCAACUUCUCAUGUCCUGGACUUUUUAGGACAUCCUAUAAGCUUGUCCUCUCACUGCUGAGCCCCUCCUGUUUUCUAUCGCCGUUCCCCUACGGUCGCCACAGAGAAUGAAAGACUUGAGUGAAAGCGGAAUCAUUUGAAGGGGGUGGGGGGGGAGUCAUCUCCGUGAUGCUGUGUCCCCCCCCCCUUCAUUCAGCACAAGGCAAUCAGGGAAGUGGGAAUGCCCCCUAUCCUCACCCAUCCAUCAUCUAACAACCAUUUUCCUGGAUCUCCUUGCAAGAAAGAGAACUCAUACCAAAAUGUACAAAGAUGUGUGUUUAGAAUAUAUAUAUAUGAAACACGAAACAAGAAAAGGAAAAUUUUAAGAUAAUGUAUUAAGAUUUUUUUUAUCCCAAGAUGUAUUUAUUUUCUUUCUUUUCAUUUUUUAAAGUGUUUCCCACAUUGCUUGCAUGCUUUUGGCCAUGGUGUUCACCUUUUUGGCUGCUUCUCCUGCUUCAGUCAUACAGGGUCAGUGUGAGUGUUGAGUGCACGCUAGCAUGCAAGCAAUGCUAGCCUAGCAUACCCUGAUUAAAAAGGCAGGAAUAUAUUCAGACUGAUAGAGGCCAGAGUUGCACUGGUGAUAGAAAGAUCCCAUUGUGUUUAAAAACUCUUGAAUUGUGUUGAAGUCUAGAAUUUCAGAUGAAUUCUAGGUUUGGUGUAAACUAGAAUGAAGAGUCUGAAGGCUCUGAUCUGGUCCUGUUGCAUUUCUGUGCUGCCUCCUUUCUUCUCCUCCUCACUGUGAGAUGUAUUUUGUCUCCUCUUGGCUCCUCUUUUCCCUUGUGUUUGAUUCUGCCACUUCUUUCACCUCCGAACACUUAUGGGUGUCAUCCUUUUUUUCUUUUUCUCACAGCCCAGUGGCUUUCCUGCUUAUUUAUCCCCUCCCCACACAUAUGUCAUGCUGCUUUGUCUGCCUUUGGGUAUCUUUCCCCUUUCCCCCUCUUGUACAAGGAGUGCCCAUGCUCUUUCUGCAUCAGCUGCUGACAGAAAUGCUGCUUCUUUCUGCUGCUGUUGGCAAUGCUGAUCUGACUGCCUGAUACUCUAAUAAUGUCAUGAAGUUCAACAUAUACUGUAAAAUGAUCAAGUUGAAAGGUUAUGCAUAACUUUAAUAAAUAAAUGGUGCCAUGACACAUUCAAAAAUGGAAA